AGACUUCCUUUAACAUUAACAGCAUCAAAUCCGUUUACAUCCAUUACAUAUGGUGCAUUAUAUUAUAUAUACAACACCUCCAUAUUCAGCACUUGCCUUGCAUAUACCAUAGCAUCCAAAACCAUUAUUAAGUAUUGUUAAAUUAUAACCUCCCUCAUUAGAUCAUAAUUAUGGCCCAAUCUCUGGUAUUCAAAGUGAAGAGGUGUGCCCCUGAAUUUGUAAGACCCUCAAAACCAACACCUCAUGAAAUAAAAUUACUUUCAGAUAUAGAUGACCAAGAAGGGUUACGUUAUCAAAUGCCUGUGAUACAAUUUUACAACUAUGUUCCAGUUAUGGCAGAGAAAGAUCCUGUUGAUGUUAUUAGAAAAGCAUUAGCAAAAACACUUGUGUUUUAUUAUCCAUUUGCAGGUAGGUUAAGGGAAGGUCCUGGUAGGAAACUUAUGGUGGAUUGCACUGGAGAAGGUGUUUUGUUUAUUGAAGCUGAUGCAGAUGUUACCAUUAAAGAUUUGGGUGAUACUCUUCAUCCUCCAUUUCGUUGUUUGGAUGAACUUCUUUAUGAUGUUCUUGGUUCUUCAGAUGUGCUUAACACUCCAUUGCUGCUUAUUCAGGUAACACGUUUGAAAUGCGGUGGUUUCAUUUUUGCUCUUCGUCUAAACCAUACGAUGAGUGACGCUGCUGGUUUGGUCCAAUUCAUGAAUGCCUUAGGCAAAAUUUCACGUGGGAUGAACAAACCUUCAAUCUCACCAGUAUGGCAUAGAGAGCUUCUAAACGCAAGGGAUCCACCAAGAGUAACAUGCACUCAUCAUGAAUAUGAACAAGUUCCCGACACCAAAGGAACAAUUAUCUCCUUAGAUGCCACAAUUCUCCGUUCUUUCUUCUUCGGUCCCACUGAGGUAGCCGCAAUACGCGCUCUUCUUCCACCUCACCAACAAGAACACUCUAAUUUUGAAAUCCUCACUGCAUUCCUUUGGCGUUGUCGUACAAUUGCGUUACAACCAGACAUCAACGGAGAAGUUCACAUAGUCAACACGCAUGGCAAGUUUAUUAACCCACCCUUACCAAACGGUAACUACGGUAACAGUUUUGCAUUUCCUGCUGCGGUUACAACUGCAGUAAAGAGCCGGCCUCAUUUUACUGUGGUGAGAUCAUAUCUAGUGGUUGAUAUUAAACAUGCUGGUUUUAGAGAGGUUGAUUUCGGUUGGGGAAAACCUUGUUAUGGAGGACCAGCUAAAGGAGGAGUUGUUUCUAGUUCGUAUAUACCAUUUAAAAAUGCUAAAGGAAUAGAAGGUUUGGUUAUACCAGUUUGUUUGCCAACUAAAGCCAUGGAGAGGUUCAUUAAAGAGUUGGAUGGUGUGCUUAAGAACAAAAUUAACCAACCUACUAUGGGUGGUCCAAAACCUAGAUUCAUAAUUUCUCCCUUGUAAACCUUGAACUAAUGUUCGUAUGAAUUUCCUUUGCUAUGAUAUGUGUGAGACUAUAUAUAGCAUGUUGCAAGAAAUAAUGACGAUGGUCAAUUUUAUUUUAUA